AUGGCUCGCAAGCGCCGCCGCGCGGAUCAGUGCACGACGGCGCCGUCACCGCCUCCGCCCUUUUGGACUAAACUUACUCACCGACAACCGGUGGUCGUAUUCCCCCACGGUGCCGGUGCCCCCUCCUCCUCUGAUUGGAUGACCCACUGGAAGGAGAUGGUGAAAGAUGCCCUGGAUGCCAUUGAAGUAGUAACAUUCGACUAUCCAUAUAUGUCGGGUGGUAAACGGAGGCCUCCCCCGAAGGCAGACAAGCUUGUCGACCAUCAUCUCAGUGUGGUGAAGAAUGUUGUGGCAGAGCAUCCUGGUCACCCGCUUGUUCUUAUGAGGAAGUCUAUGGGUUCGAGGGUCAGCUGCAUGGUAGCUAGCUCCGAUGGUAUCAGUGCUUCUGCGGUCAUAUGCUUGGGUUAUCCAUUGAAGGAAGCGAAAGGGGUAAUGAGGGAUGAGAUACUACUAAAGCUGAUGGUUCCAACAAUGUUUGUGCAGUUCAUCGCUUUCACCACCCACAUCAUCUUCACGCAUUACACCAACAUCUUCCCCACCGUGGACCGCAUGCACACUCUGUCGUACCCCAUCGACAACACCCCGGAGGAGGCAGUGAAAGGCGCCCGGAGGAGGAGCGAGGUGGAGUGGGAGCAAGGAGGAGCAAGCUGGAGAAGGCAGCACCCAGACGACGGCUAG